AUGAUUGAACCGUCCCCCUAUACUGCUGCACCAGAUUAUCCAAAGGAGCGGCUCCUUGUCUUAGAAGCACCGUCGUCCAGCGGGCAACGAUCAGGAGCCAGCAAUCGUUCUUUACAACGAUCCACACACCGUCAGGAUUGGUUUUCUGAAGGCUCACCAAGACUUCAUCGGACCCAAGGCCAAAUUUCCUCACAAGGCUACCAGGAGUACUCGGACUUGCAUGAACAUCAAGGUCAACCCAACGGGCAAUUGCAAACCCUUGAACGUGAUAUGGGCCAUUACUGCCACCAGGAAUCCACAUAUAUGAAUACAAGGUUCCCAGAUGUAGAUACCUCCUUGGCUCCCUCCCACAAGGACGCAAGACAGGACAAUCCGGAUCCAUACUAUACUAUCUCUGGGCCUCUGUAUAACGCGAGCUCAUUUAGCCGCAUCAGCAACAACGUGCUGGUUCCCAAUAAACCCUGGUCAGUGUAUGAAAAUAAUGCUUAUGGCCAAGUUUCCCAAGAAGUGUCGCACAAUCUGCCAGAACCCAACAGUCACCAAUCCCGACGUAUUUCCGGUCCUGGUAUGGCGGAAAGUCCCAAUGCAUGGGAUUCCAGGACCGAGUACUCCCAUAACAACUCCCAGAGUGACAGCUUGAUUCAGACUGAAGAUUCCCAGCAAUGGCCAAUAGAUGAGCCUGUCGGGAUGCAGGGAAAAGCACAGCCUUUACCUUCACGUUAUGUAUCCACACACAAAGUAGGCCCGAUUGAUAAUAUUUCAAACACCAAUCCUUUGUCCAAUAAUGAUUUCCUGGAACCGUUUGUACCGCAAAUCAAUUCCCAAGGAUAUACCAAACAGGACCCGGGCAAUCGCUCAGUGUAUGCAAAUUGCGAUACGAGUACACACGCCAUUGGUACUUCGUUCAAUGACUACCAAAGCUCACAAUACGUAUCAGCCCCUCCGGACUCCUCUCCGUCCCAUAAUUCAUAUGGAAACAAUAUUUCCAAGCAAGUGCCGGAGCCCUUCAAAGGCGCACCAACUCAAAAUAUUAGCCAAACAAAAGGCAAAGGAAGGAAGGGGCGGAAGCUAACUCCAUUGACGGAUGAGAAAAAAACCGACAGGGCUUAUAUACGUAGAGUGGGCGCCUGCUCUGUCUGCAAGGAGAAGAAGAUUGGAGUAAGUUUUCAAUGA